AAGCGGCUGGGCUGGGCUCGCCCCCAGGGUCGGCGGCGUGGUCCGGUGUAGCUGGUGUGCGAGCGCGGUAUGGCGGCGGCGGCGGCGGCGGCUGGGCCCUCGGCCUCGCUCCUUUCCCUGGACCCGCAGCGGCAGCGCGAGUUCCAGGACAAGGUGUUGCGCGUCCGCUCCGGCAGGGGGGCCAAGCAUGAGAAGCUGACUCCUGGAGUAAUUUAUUUAGGGCAUAUCCCUAGGGGCCUUUAUGAGCCACAAAUCCAGGAGUACUUCAGCCAGUUUGGAACAGUCACCCGACUUCGGCUUUCAAGAAGUAAAAAGACUGGAGACAGCAAAGGCUAUGGAUUUGUAGAGUUUGAAUCCGAUGAAGUUGCUAAGAUUGUUGCAGAUACCAUGAACAACUACCUGUUCUGUGAAAGACUCCUAAAGUGUGAAUUUAUGCCACCUGAAAAGGUCCAUGAAAACCUCUUCAGAGGCAGUCAUAAGACAUUUAGGAAGCCAUCGCAUCCGGCAGUCAAGCGGUAUAACAAGAAACGAACACCCCAAGAGAAGAGAGUGAUGACAGAGAGACUACUAAAAAAUGAGAAACGGUUACGAAAGAGGCUGGCUGAGAAAGGAAUAGACUAUGACUUCCCUGGAUUUGCCGCACAGAUGCCUCAAAAGAAAAAAAAUGUUUCAAAUUCAAACUCGAACCUGGACAUAUCUCUGAACAGCCAGGACCCCACCCCAGUGUGUACGCCCACAGCCCUUGAGCGUCGGAAAUUGCAACCAGCAGAAGCUGAUGAAGAUGAAAUAACCAUCAAACUGCCUCCAACAAGCGUAAAGAGCACCGCUCAAAAGACCAAGAAGACAGCGAAGCUGCAGAAAAAAAUUAACCCAAAGAAACGGAAAUAAACAAAGCUGAAACCUC